GAUUGGAUUAGAUUGAAUUGGCUUGGCUGCUACUGAAAUUCACCCAGAGUCGUGAAUUAUAUGUAUUUCCCAAUUUCAAUUAGAAAAUUAUUUCAUUUUUAGUUGCCUAACGACGACUAAAAUAAAAAAUAAAAAACACGAGCUUGUAAUUGAAAGUCCCCCCCUUCUGCUCUCUUCCAUAUUAUUGAUAUUGAGAUAUUCAGAGGGGGCGAGAGAGACAAAAAGAAGAGAGGGUUUUUGGUGUUCGGAAACGUGUUGAGUUCAGAGUGAGGUCGAGUUUGAGAUGGAGAGCAGCGCCGUCCUUGGAGGUCUUCAGCCAAAUUUCCCACUUUGCCCCUCCCGCAAUCCUUCUUCCACUCCUCUCAUCCGCCCCUUCUCCACCUGCCAUUCCUCUCCUUCUCUCUCUGUCAAGCUCCAAAAGCAGCUUCCUUUGGCUUCUUAUCAAGCAGCCUCUCCCUCUCCCUUUCGUCGAUGUGCCACAUUGUCUAAUACUUUUGUCACUGAAACAAGUGAAUUAGCUGACAUAGAAUGGGACAACCUCGGCUUUGCGUUUCUUUCUACUGAUUAUAUGUACGUCAUGAAAUGUGCUCAAGGUGAAAACUUUUCUAAAGGUGAAUUACAGCGUUUUGGGAACAUUGAAUUGAGCCCCUCAGCUGGAGUCUUGAACUAUGGGCAGGGAUUAUUUGAAGGUAUGAAAGCCUACAGGAAACAAGAUGGUAAUAUACUCUUGUUUCGUCCUGAGGAAAAUGCAUUGCGGAUGAGGUUGGGUGCAGAGCGAAUGUGUAUGCCAUCACCAUCUGUCGAACAAUUUGUGGAAGCUGUAAAGGCUACUGUUUUAGCAAAUAAACGUUGGGUUCCCCCUCCAGGCAAAGGUUCCCUAUAUAUCAGGCCAUUGCUAAUGGGAAGUGGUGCUGUUCUUGGUCUGGCACCUGCUCCUGAGUACACAUUUCUGAUUUAUGUUUCACCUGUUGGAAACUAUUUUAAGGAAGGUGUUGCACCGAUAAAUUUGAUUGUUGAGCAUGAAUUGCAUCGUGCUACUCCUGGUGGCACUGGAGGUGUUAAGACUAUAGGGAAUUAUGCUGCGGUUCUGAAGGCUCAGUCUGCUGCAAAAGCAAAAGGCUAUUCUGAUGUUCUAUACCUUGACUGUGUUCACAAAAGAUUUCUAGAGGAGGUUUCCUCAUGCAACAUUUUUGUUGUGAAGGAUAAUAUUAUCUCUACUCCUGAAAUCAAAGGAACGAUCUUACCCGGCAUUACUCGAAAGAGUAUAAUUGAUGUUGCUCGUAGCGAAGGAUUCCAGGUUGAGGAGCGCCAAGUGGCAGUUGAUGAAUUACUAGAUGCUGAUGAAGUCUUUUGUACGGGAACAGCUGUGGUUGUAUCACCCGUCGGCAGCAUCACUUACCAUGGUAAAAGGGUGUCUUAUGGAGAGGGCGGGUUUGGAACUGUGUCGGAAAAGCUUUACUCAGUGCUUACCAGACUACAGAUGGGCCUCACACAGGACAAGAUGGAUUGGACUGUUGAGCUAAGGCAAAAAACAUACUGAAGUGAAAAUCCGAGUUUUACACCCCCGCUGUUG